ACACGCGUGGCCAUCAGAUGGCGAUACUGUCGAUCGUCCGACGAAACGCGCGUCACUGUAAGUACGAGCAGGCGCAAGUUGAUACACCAAUCGCGCCUGUCUCUAUUUCCGUAGAGGUCGAACGCGUGUGCCAGCGAGAUCAGUCCGACGUGUUCCAAGAUUUCACUGCGGCUUAGACUUUAGCCGGACGGGGUCUGGCCUGCCUUGUCCCCGGCGUAACGACACCCGAAGCUUGGCAAUCACUCCACGCCGGACUCUCGAUAAGGAAGUUCAUCCAUCCAUUCGAUUCAAAUUUCGCGAUACAUCGACGUUCGUGACAAUUAAACAGUAUUGUUCGAUUAAGAGAUACUAAAAGCGAUAAAUAUUAUUAAGUAUCGAGCGGGAAGAACAAAUAAGAGUGAUAUUCCCUUCAUUAUUUGCGAAUAGAGAAAACUAUAAGUAACGUUAUCAUAAAAAGUUCCCCCAUUGGAAAAAUAUCGAGGCAACUUCCGAACAGAUAUUUAAACUUUACGUAACUUCGAAGUUAGUUCGUGAUGUUUAAAAAUAUAACAGAAGAUAUAUAAAUAUAUAUAAUUUUUGAAACGUAGUUUACGAGUUUACAAGUUGUCAAUUCGAAAAUUUACGAACGGUGUAAUUGAUACUGUUGGUGAAAGUGUGGUGUGGAAAAAAAGAUAAAAAUGCAUUCCUCGCGUGCCAGAUACGCAUUGGUCAAACAUAGAAACGUGUUGCAAGUGUAUAAAGUUGCAAAAAGAUGUUUCGGCACCGAUGUCGAAUACAGACCGAUCAGGAGCGUCCUUGUGGCCAAUCGAGGAGAAAUCGCGAUUCGUGUGUUUCGAGCAUGCACGGAACUGGGAAUCCGGUCCGUGGCCAUUUAUUCGGAACAAGACAAGAUGCAAAUGCAUAGGCAGAAAGCGGACGAGGGUUACGUGGUGGGCAGAGGGCUACCACCUGUCCAGGCUUACUUGAAUAUCCCGGAAAUCAUCAAAGUCGCGAAAGAGAAUAACGUGGACGCUAUUCACCCCGGUUAUGGCUUCCUGUCUGAGCGAUCGGAUUUCGCGGAGGCGGUGAUCAAUGCUGGAAUAAGAUUCAUCGGCCCUAGCCCCAAAGUGGUUCAACAAAUGGGUGACAAGGUAGCUGCGAGACAAGCUGCGAUAGACGCUGGUGUGCCGAUUGUUCCGGGGACAGAUGGACCGGUAACCACGUCCGACGAGGCGAUGGAAUUUUGCAUGAAACACGGACUUCCGGUCAUUUUCAAAGCCGCUUAUGGAGGAGGUGGAAGAGGAAUGAGAGUCGUAAGGCACAUGGAGGAGGUCCGAGAAAUGUUUGAUCGGGCAUCUUCCGAAGCUAAGGCAGCUUUCGGGAAUGGGGCGAUGUUCAUUGAAAAAUUCAUCGAGAGGCCAAGGCACAUCGAGGUUCAAUUAUUGGGAGAUCAAGCUGGCAAUGUUGUUCAUCUUUAUGAACGCGAUUGUUCCGUGCAACGUCGUCAUCAAAAGGUGGUUGAGAUCGCUCCUGCACCACGAUUAGAUCCCAAAGUUAGAAAUAAAAUGACGGAGCACGCUGUAAGAUUGGCAAAACAUGUUGGAUAUUCGAACGCUGGUACCGUCGAAUUUUUGGCUGACGAAUCCGGAAAUUUCUACUUCAUUGAGGUCAAUGCUAGAUUGCAAGUCGAGCACACUGUCACGGAGGAGAUCACUGGAAUCGAUCUGGUGCAAUCUCAAAUCCGUAUUGCUGAGGGUAUCACGUUACCUGAGCUGGGUAUGACGCAAGAGAAAAUCAUUCCUCAAGGUUUCGCGAUACAAUGCCGAGUUACCACAGAAGAUCCUGCGAAGAAUUUCCAGCCGGAUACCGGAAGAAUCGAGGUGUUCCGUUCUGGGGAGGGUAUGGGUAUUCGAUUGGAUGGUGCCUCUGCAUUCGCUGGUGCGAUUAUCUCGCCUUACUACGACUCGCUUCUCGUCAAGGUUAUAGCCCACGCGGGUGAUUUGCAAUCAUCUUGCGCGAAAAUGAAUCGUGCCCUCCGCGAGUUCCGUGUCCGUGGAGUGAAAACGAACAUACCGUUCCUUUUGAACGUGUUGGAGAAUCAGAAAUUCCUGAACGGAAAGGUGGACACUUACUUCAUUGACGAGAAUCCACAGUUGUUUCAGUUCCAACCGAGUCAGAACCGUGCUCAGAAGUUGCUCAACUAUCUUGGCUCGGUCUUGGUAAAUGGACCAAGCACUCCAUUGGCUACACCGUUAAAACCAGCAGAGAUAAAACCUCACAUUCCUCAAGUCGCUCUAGACUUUGCUAAGCUUGCAGCUGCAGAAGAGAACAAUGAUCCAGAUGCAACAGAUAUAUUGGAACCACCAAAAGGCUUUCGCGACAUUUACAAGAAGCAAGGCCCGGAAGCUUUCGCCAAAGCUAUAAGGCAGCACAAAGGAUUACUUCUGAUGGACACCACGUUCCGUGAUGCUCAUCAAUCUCUUCUAGCGACACGCGUGAGGUCGCACGAUCUCUUGAUGAUCGCGCCAUUCGUCGCCCACAAGUUCAGCAAUCUUUACUCCAUGGAGAAUUGGGGUGGCGCCACGUUCGACGUUGCCCUCAGAUUCCUGCACGAGUGUCCUUGGGAAAGGUUGGAGGACAUGAGGAAGGCGAUACCCAACAUUCCCUUCCAGAUGCUUCUGAGAGGUGCCAACGCUGUCGGUUACACCAACUAUCCUGACAAUGUCGUUUAUAAAUUCUGCGAGCUGGCUGUACAAACUGGGAUGGAUGUCUUCAGGGUGUUCGAUUCCUUGAAUUAUUUGCCGAAUUUAAUUCUCGGUAUGGACGCGGCUGGCAAAGCUGGAGGCAUAGUCGAGGCCGCGAUUUCAUAUACAGGUGACGUGAGCGAUCCAAACAAAAAGAAGUACAAUCUGAAAUAUUACACGGACUUGGCGGACGAGUUGGUGAAGGCCGGUACUCACGUAUUAUCGAUCAAGGACAUGGCGGGUCUUCUGAAGCCGAAAGCCGCCAGCAUGUUGAUCGAUGCGAUCAGACAGAGGCAUCCCGAUAUUCCGAUCCACGUUCACACGCACGACACCGCAGGGGCUGGAGUGGCAUCCAUGUUAUCUUGCGCGGAAAGCGGGGCAGAUGUCGUUGACGUUGCCGUUGACAGUAUGUCUGGAAUGACUAGCCAACCUUCCAUGGGUGCCGUGGUCGCCUCUCUUAUCGGAACGCCAAAGGACACCGAGAUUAAUCUGAGCGACAUUUCGGAAUAUUCUGCGUAUUGGGAGCAGACCAGAACUCUGUACGCCCCCUUCGAAUGCACAACGACCAUGAAAUCCGGAAACGCGGACGUUUACCUGAACGAAAUCCCCGGAGGUCAAUACACAAACUUGCAAUUCCAAGCCUAUUCUCUUGGUUUGGGGGCGUUCUUCGAGGACGUGAAGAAAGCUUACAGAGAAGCUAAUUUAUUGCUCGGCGAUAUCAUCAAAGUCACUCCAAGUUCGAAAGUGGUUGGUGAUUUGGCGCAGUUUAUGGUUCAAAAUAAACUUUCUUCCGAAGAUGUCGUGAACAAGGCAGAGGAAUUGUCCUUCCCUAAAUCGGUCGUGGAAUUCCUACAAGGUGCUAUCGGCGAACCUCACGGAGGAUUCCCCGAACCUCUCAGGUCAAAAGUAUUAAAAGACAUGCCACGCGUGAAAGGAAGACCUGGCGAGACUCUACCACCUUUGGACUUCGACGCGUUGAAAAGCCAGCUACGAGAAUCUCAUCCUCACCUCACGAACAGAGAUAUCAUGUCGGCCGCCCUCUAUCCCGAGGUGACCAACGAUUACUUAAACUUUCGGGAACAGUAUGGACCGGUGGACAAAUUGGAAACUAGGAUCUUCUUGACGGGACCGAAAGUUGGCGAGGAGUUCGAUGUGACGAUCGAGAAAGGUAAAACGUUGGCCAUCAAGACCCUGGCCGUUGCUGAAGAUCUCACGAAGAACGGAGAACGCGAGGUAUUCUUCGAGAUGAACGGCCAACUCAGAUCCGUGUUCAUUAAGGAUAAAGAAGCCGUCAAGGAGCUUCAUGUACACCCCAAAGCUGCGAAAGGAGACAAAAACCAGGUUGGGGCACCCAUGCCUGGUACCGUGAUCGACAUCAGGGUAAAAGUAGGCGACACUGUCGAGAAAGGAGCGCCGUUGGUCGUAUUGUCCGCCAUGAAAAUGGAAAUGGUGGUCCAGGCGCCGAAAGCUGGAAAGAUCAAGACGCUGGACGUCACUCAGGGAAUGAGACUAGAAGGGGACGAUUUAGUGUUGACCUUUGAAUAGAAUUGUUAACCAAACUGUUCCUGGGACUGAAUCGUAUCUGAAAUUCGUUUCAUUGUGCACGUUUAUGAGACAAGAGUGCAUUUUGUUCGAUUGAUUGAAGUUGAGCAACAUUGCUGCCUAAAAAUAGUAGAGAAUAAUCAUUUGUUGUGUAAAAAAUUUUUAGAUCUAAGAAUCGCAUACUAUUUAUCUUUGAUCGAUAAUCAAAACUUGAAAGUACUUUUUAUAUAUAUACUUUUUUUGAACGACUUUAAUCCACUUUUUAACCAUUUAAGCAUCGGAAAAUAUCGAUAUAAAUAUAAAUAUUCUCUGAUAACGUAAGAUUUUUACAUUCGUUUACGAUGUCGAAUCAAGUCGAAAAUUUAAUUGUUACAUUUUAAAAAUUCGAAUCUGAAAUUUCGCCAGACUUCGAAACUUGCAAAAAAAAAAAAAAAAAAGAAAAUUCUUUUUUCAGUUUCGAUGACUUUUAAGAUUUCGAAUGUUCGUUAUAUGUAAGAAAAAAGCAAAGUGAUUACAAAUUUCAAAAAUUUUAAAUAUACGAAACUGCUAAGGAAAUCAUUGCACAAAGAUUAUAAAUUUUUUACUGCUAUUUUAAAAAAAUAAUAGAAAGAAAAUAAAAUAUGUAAUAUUAGCUUGAUUAAACAAAGGUGCACCUCUUGUUCGCCUAGGAAAAAACAUUGUGUAUAAACAUUCGCUCCAACACGAGCGAAUCAAUCAAUCAUCAAGGAACGAAAGCAACGAACGUUCCAUUAAUGUAUCCUCGUGAACGUCUUCAUCGUCGAGCAUAUUUUUUUUAUCGAUUAUUACAUUUUUGAAUAUUAUACAGAUCAUUUGAAACAGGACAUCUUGUUUUAGAUGAGACAGACGUUGUACAGUUAUAUCUCGAGUUCAUCCUUUUUGCGAUGAUCACAUCUCUAGUUUAUUUAAUUUAACAUUGCACGCACAUGAUGAAAUGCUUUGAAUGAUGAAAUAUCGUAAUCUGUAAAUUACAAAAGAGUAACGUCGUCUAUUGAAUCGUUAAGCUCGAAUAAGAAAGUUGAAGCUUAGCGAUUCGACGAAAAACUAUUACGUGUUGCAAUGAGAAUUGAUCUAUGCUGCCUCAAAUGUCGAUAUCUUCGUGUUCAUAUUUGAUUAAUUAAGUUGAAAAUAAUAUAUAUAUAUGUAUCAAAGGCCUAUAAUAUAGUCUCAUCAUUAACAUUGAAAUUAAAUGAUGAUACUUUUCUAUUAUAUUCGUUAUUGAUAUCAAAUAGAUUCAAUCGGACAUAUUUUACAAAAUGUUCUUUAUGAAGAUGAAUUCCUUAAACGUGUUAAGUGCCAACGUUACAUCAGCGUUUUCCAAACCAUAUUUUCAUGAGAAUUGAAUUAUAAAAAUGGUGUUAGUUUAUUUUUUUGUUUUUAUCACGUGAA